AUGGGAGGUACAUAUAAUGAAGUGACUCCUUCACUUACGCUAGGGAAGAGGAAUCUGAACCUUUCAUCUAAAUCAUCAAACUCAUCACAGGAACCAGCCUCAUCUACGUCCAGCAAUGCUGGCCAAACUAAUACCCAAGAAUCACAAGAAGCAGGUCAGAACUGGCCACCAUCGUUACAAGAAUUUGUUAACACCAGUUUUAUAAGAUCAAGCUUACUCAGUAACUCUGAUAAGGUUAUAUUUAAUACUCAGUUACAAUCAUUAAUGGAAAAGGCCUUAUCAACAGGUAAAAUAUGGGAGAAUGAUUGGGAGACGCAGAAGAUCCCUAUAUUAGACAAAUCAUGCAAAAAAUUGGAACUAGAGUGCUUGAAUAAGAAGCCAAAGACUAAAAGACCAGAUCUGGCUCCAACGAGUACAGUUUUCCUUCCACCGCCAAAACGACAGAAAACGAAAAAGAAACAGACCAUACCAGAUACUCUUCCGGCAACACUUCCAGCAACGCCCAACAUAACUACGAAAUCAUCAAAUACAGAAGUUGUUGGACUGAAAGGAAAUAAGGAAUCAGAGUUUAAUUCUGCCGAAAAAAAGAAACAAAGGAUGGCCAGAUUUGGAGCGGAAUCGUUAACACCCGAGCCUUUCAAAAGAGUCAACGAAGCAAGCAGCACUAAGGUAAUCGUAGGUAAAUGUGAAGAUUUGGAAAAGCAUUAUUUAAGGUUGACAUCAGAGCCAGAUCCGUAUAAAGUAAGGCCCCAGAGGGUACUAGAGAAGAGUGUGAAAUUUAUUUUAGAUAAAUACAAGAGAGAUCUGCUUGCAGGAUAUUCAUAUGUCAAUAAUCAAUUCAAAUCCAUAAGGCAAGAUUUGACAGUUCAGCAUAUCAAGAAUGAUUUUGCAAUGCAAGUAUACGAAACUCAUGCCAGAAUAGCAAUUGAAAAUAAUGAUUUGGGAGAAUUUAACCAAUGCCAGUCGCAAUUAAAAUAUUUAUACUACCUCAAGAAAAAAUCUGAUAAAAAUUUAUCGAAUAAUGUAUAUUCUGUGGAGUUGGAGUUCACAUGCUACAGAAUUAUAUACAUGUUAAUGAUGGGUAACUAUUCAGAAAUAUACAAGCUAAGAUUAGAAUUAUAUUCCAAUAAGCCCAAGGCAAAAGGGAAAAAGCAAAUAGAGUUAUUAGACUGUAUUGAAAAAGCUUUUCUUUUGCAAAGUUAUCAAAUUCAUGGAGAUUACCAUAAAUUUUUCAACACAUAUAAUUUUUUCAAAUCUAUCCCAUCAAUGAACUUAGCUUCUCAUUUGAUAAAGCAUUUUUUGGUGAGUAAGGAAAGAAUAAAAUCAUUGAAUACAAUUGCUAAGAGUUAUAGAAAAUUACCUGUUCCAUUCCUAGUGGAAGAAUUAAAGUUUACGAGCGACGCAGAAGAUGACAUUGACAAUUGGCAUACCUUUUUGACAAAAUAUAACUUACUUCAAUUCCUUGUGCGGGAUACUGAUUUUGAUUGCGCUGCAUCAAGAGGUGUUUUGCAAAGUAUUGUAGUCCAGAAUGGUUUUAGGAAGAUAGACAUUAAGGGUCAAAUUUAA